UAAAUAUUUCAAUUAAAAUUGCAUUCGAGUCCUUGUUAAAAGCGGAAGUUGGUUGAUUGGUGAAGAAAAUGGCAGGAGAGUAGUGGUGGAGUGGAAUUACGCCGGGCCACAUGUUUGCGCUGUCGUUUGUCCACAAUAUUUAAAUCGCCAUCUUCGUUUCCUGGGGAAACCCCAACUUUGCAUUAUCUACUUUUACUUCAAAAGCAACAAUGGAACUUGUCAAAUCCGAUGCCCUGCAACUUUCAAAGGUCGGGCUUGGCUGCGGGGUGUUUGGCGGAGCAUACGGUAUUACAUCCCAGGACAGUGUCGUGCAAACCGUGCGCAAGGCGCUGAGCAGUGGCAUGAACAUAUGCGACACGUCGCCAUACUAUAACGACAGCGAAGUUCGACUCGGCAAAGCACUGCUGGAGCUGCAAGAGGAGUUUCCGCGGGCAUCAUACCACAUCUGCACCAAGCUCGGACGCUACGGCUACACCAAGGCCGAAUUUGACUAUAGCGCACAGCGUGUGGUCGACAGCGUGCACGAGAGUAUGCGGCGCCUGCACACGGACUACCUGGACAUUGUCCUGUGCCACGACGUCGAGUUUGUCGAUGUCACGCAGGUCAUCGACGAGGCUCUGCCAGAGUUGUUUGAGCUCAAGCGUCAGGGCGUCGUGCGCAAGGUGGGAAUCAGCGGAUACCCACUGGACACGUUGCUGGAGAUUGCCCAGAUCCAGCAGCAGCGCGGACAGCCGCUUGACGUGUGCCUAUCGUACUGCAACUUCAACCUGCACUGCCAGCUGCUGAACGAGUUUAUUCCGAAGCUGCGCUCGGCGGGCAUCCAGACAAUCAUCUCUGCCAGCCCGCUGUCGAUGGGCCUGCUGUGCGCGAACGCGGCUCCUGAGUGGCACCCGGCAAAACAGGAGCUCAAAGAUGCCGUGGCCCGGUGUGCCGAGCUUAUCGCACAAUCGGGCGUCGGUGUGUCAUUGGCCGAAAUGGCCGAGCACUUUUCCUUUUCGUGCACCAGAGCUGACAUGCAUUUGGUCGGCUCAAAGACCGAGCCUGAGGUGAGCCAUGCGCUGAGCGCGUAUGAGCGCGCGCAAAGGCUCAAUCUCGCGGCCGGUGGCAGGUACGAUGACCCGCAGGUGCAGCGCCUGUACGAGCAGAUCAGGGAUAUGCUUGAACCCUUUGCCAUGUAUACGUGGCCGUCCCCUCCGGCUGACGCAUAGCCCUGCUUUUUUAAAUGAGCAUUUUCUUUUUUGAUUUGUGUAUUA